UGUUCCACCUUCGCCGCAGCCAGCGUGCAGAGCAGCCAGACCGCCAUCGGACGGACGGAGCCCAGGAUCCCCCGAGGACCGGUGGGCUGCAAAAUCCAACAUGAAAAUCCUCGUGGCUUUUGCCGUCUUGUUCCUCCUCUCCACUCAGCUGUUUGCAGCGGAAAUCGAUGCCAACGAUGAUGUCAAUUAUUGGUCUGACUGGUCCGACAUUAGCCAGGUCAAGGAAGAUCUGUCGGAACCCAUUGAGCAUUUUCUGCAGAGAAUCGCCCGGAGGCCCAAGCCUCAGCAGUUCUUCGGACUAAUGGGCAAACGGGAUGCUGAUUCCUCAGUUGAAAAACAAGUGGCCCUGUUAAAAGCUCUUUAUGGACAUGGCCAGAUCUCUCACAAAAGGCAUAAAACAGAUUCCUUUGUUGGACUAAUGGGCAAAAGAGCUUUAAAUUCUGUGGCCUAUGAAAGGAGUGCAAUGCCAAAUUAUGAAAGAAGACGAAAAUAAACUAUGUAAUGUAUUCCUUUAGCUUCAUUUGUGUCAAUGGAAGAUGAAAGUAAAAUAAAAGAUGCACUAUGAGUAAUCAUUAUUUAUUUAGUAACAAUUGAUGUUAUGAGUUAAAGACUCAAAAAAGUGUUUAUUUUUCAUAUUGUGUCAAUGUGUUGUAAACUGGUGUUGUAAUUAUAAUAAUUCUCCCAAAGUUAGGUAUCACUGGUAAUUUCUCAACAAAGCACAGUAUCCAGUCCAGUAGUAAACACCAACUAAUGACAGUCUCCAAAGAAAGAAACCAUGGCUCUGAAGCAUGAAUUAUUGCUGAAAGAGAGGGUACUCCUUCCUGUUCCUGUGCUUCCAUUGGUUACUUCCUCGUGAAAAUGUACUGAGUUGGCUAUGAAAUUGUAUCUGUAUCCUUGCAGCAUGUGUCAUGUUUUGUGACUACACAGAGAUUUUUUUAAAGGUUUUAAUGUGAUUCUAAUGUCUUCAUUCAUUCUAUGAUGUGUUGUGAUAGCUACCAUUUUAAAUAAAUCUUCUCCAGCA